AUGGCGGACGGAGGAGCAGCGAGUCAAGAUGAGAGUUCAGCCGCGGCGGCAGCAGCAGCAGACUGGAAAAGUAAGAAGAACUUUCCUGCCUUUUUAAUUACCAAACUACUCUCAGUUUUCAGUGAAUCAGUUCAAAGAAAGAAUGCAGUCUUUCUAUGCCUGUUUGAACCUCUAGAAGAUUUCACAGCAAUGCUGGACUGCAGUGACUAUGUUCUAGAGGUAGAAGAAGAACUGACUUGUUCUUGCCUCAUCUCUUCUCUUGCAUGUCUUCUGGAAUACCUACUAUUGCUUAUUACUAUGGAAACCUUCAUUAAAUAGAUAACCCUAAAAGAAGGAAAGCCCAAUCAGCAGUUUCAUUUGGGAUAUUAAGGUAGUUUAACUUUUAAGUGGCUGUGGUUGUAGUUCAAAUUUGAAAUUAUUAGAUGGAUGUGUUUUAUGCCUUGUAGUACAACUUCUUGUACUGGUUUAAGAUUAAAGGGUGAAUUUGACAUUGAUUUUGACACUUGUUUCAUAUGGUUUG